UCAUAUUCAAUUCACACUUUCCUAUCAAUAGGCAAAUUUUACAUAAUUUUCCUAAGAUUUUUAACACAACAACAGUAACUAACUAAAAUCUAUUCAAGUAUUAGCGAAAGCACACCACCACACAAAACCCAGAAAUGUUUACACAAAAGGAGUUAGCUACGUUUUUCUUUAUGAAGCGCACAGAUCGCAAAAGUAUAUACACGCAGAUUAGUGAGCUUGUGAAGACGGCGCAGGAAGUGGCCGAGCGAGAGUUGAAUCAAAGGCGCGAGCGGCUGCGCACUAUGCUCGAGCAUGAGGACAAAAUCUACGAGGAAGAGUUCGCUAACAAAGUCAAGUCGCGCAUAGACGAGGACAUACAGCACCGCAAAGACGCUUUGUUCAAUAUAAAGGAAGAACGCAAGCGGUUAGAGAAAGAAUUCUUAGAGCGCAAGACUAUACAACAACAGUUCGAGAGUUGCUAUGAAAUACGCGAGGCGUUGCGGCGCAAAGAAACCCUGCAAACCAAAGAGGUGCAGUUAGAGCAAAUCGUCGAAAAAGAACGCGCACAACUGCGCGAACGACAACUGGACGAUUAUUGGUGUAAAGUACGUGAUGCGCGCACGCAGCGCUAUGAUGAACGGCAGGCAGACGAAACUAAGAAAAAGUGUGACAUCAAGCGGAGCAUGCGUUGCGUUCUGGAGCAGCAAAUGGAAAUGCACAAACAAGAUGAGGAGCGUGAGCGCGAGCUCAAACGCGCGGAAGCUAUGGAGCUCAAUAAAAUAAUGGAGGAAAUACGCUUGGAAAAUUUCGAUCGCCUGCGUUUGGGUCUGCCCAAAACGACGCUUGCUUAUCGCGAAGAGCUGUUGGGCAUGAUUGCUGAAAAUAAAGCGAAACGCGAUGCUGAAGAGUGUGAGCGCAUAGAAGAGCAUCGCCAAUUGAUGAGGGAUGUGGCGCGCGAGCAGCAGGAGUACAGCGCCGCUGUGCUGGAACGUAAACGCGCUGUCUACAACGCGACAAUGGAGUAUCUCGAUUACGCGCGACGAAUGCGCAAAUUGGAGGAGGACACACAGAAUAUGCGCGACGCGCGUAUCGACGAUUUGCGACAUGUGGAUAUUUGUACGAAGAGUAAUAUUCAGAGAGAACUACAACGCAAGGCGGAAAUAGCAGCGCUCUGUUAUGCUGAGUUACGGCGGCAAAUAUGCGAGGAAUAUGAACGACGCCUACGUGACAUACAAGAACUGCGCGAGCCUAAAAUAAUCGAAAAUCGGUUUGCGCGUCCCGAGAAAACACGCGCUGAUAUAAUGGCCGAACGGCGCAAGAUGCGCGCUGGCUUAGAUGAGCAGCUGAUUGAAAAUGCGCGCGUACAUGCCGAGGAGGAGGCCAAGUACAAUGCGGAUCUUAAGUUAGCUAUUAAUGAUCCCGAAUUCUGUACCGAACUUGCGGAGAAAUAUUUGAGCGCUGGCAUUGACUACUUGCCGCCACAUGCUAAUUGGCUGAUUUAUGCUUGUCCACAGAAGCAAAUCGUCGCAAAGCGAAACGCGCCAGCUGCCGCUGGUGAACGCGAAGAAGACAUGGAUGAUGCUUGCUUAAAGCCAUGCGGUUGUGGGGCGCGCACGGGAUUGGAGUGCACACACCACAAUUGGUCGGCGCAUAAGCGUGGCGCAAACGCUGAUGCGAAGCGAAGAUUGGAGCUUGAGUCUUGUUGA